AUGCCAAAUAACAGUCUUAUGGUUGAGGAUCCUGAAGCCCAACAGCUUAUAAACCUUUCAUAUGUUACAAACACUGAAAAAAAUACUUCGAAGUGGUUGCAUCAUGUUGAUCGGUACAGAGAGGAAAAAAAUAUUACAAAGAUGUUAAACCAGUUUAAUAACAAAGAAGAGUUUGAUGUGUUUCUGUCAAGAUAUCUUCAUAAAAAUUCUGCUAUUGAAGGUGAUGUUCGAAUCUGGGAUAAGUAUUUAUUUCCAAGAGCCCUUAGAUGCUUGAAUGGUAAAAUGAAAUCUUUGCAGAAUAACAGUUAUAGUAAUACAUCAAAAAGUGAUUCAUUAACAUCAAAUAAGAUUAUAUCAUGUCUAAAUCACAAUUACUUGUCAGUUGAUAAUAAUAAAGGUUUAAUUAAAAGAGUAUUCUUUUGGUUGUCAUUGUUGUGUAGAUUAAGAGAAGAAAAACAUAAUCAAGGUGGGGUGCUCUAUCGACAAUAUUAUGGUUAUACUGGAAUAAGAUUUAUUCCAAUCCCACCUGAUCAUGUUGAGAAUCAGUUUACAUCUAUCAAAGAUCUACUUCUCUACUUAUUAAAACGUCCUACUAAUUGUGAAUCUAAAAUUAAAAAUAGCAUUUGGUAUAAGCCUCUUGGAUGGGCUUUUGAUGUUCCUGAGGAUGAAGCUAUAAUAUUUUCAGGACAUUGCUCAUGUGAAGCAUUACUAAUUCCAUAUACAAGUUAUAAUGAAGAUCUUGAAUCAUAUUAUUCUUUUCUAGGAGAUUCUUAUAUUAAUUACAAUUCUGAUAAAAAUGAUGAAAUAGAUAUUUUAGUAAUAGAAACUUCAAGUACAUUGGAUUUGAGUCAAGAAGAUCGAAUAUUACAAACAGAUAAAUCACAGUUUAAGCAUCAAGACCAAGCAUCACAGAAAAAUAACAACAGCCACUGUAAGCAUGUAAUUGAAAAUCUCGAAGAUGAACAAGUAUCAGUACCAAUUACCAAACAAUACAAAAAUAAACCAAUAUUAGCACCAACCACAAAUAAAAAAUGA